UUUAAUGCAUUGGUAGGAGAUGGUGUAUCUAAUAGAAGAUUUUAUUAUACCGUCGCUACAAAGUGGAAGAUUUGGGAAACUUCUCAAGUGGGACGACGAAAAAAACAGAAUAUUUAAAGUUUCCGUCUGUCAUAAACGUAGCGGCGAAUGGUCGGAGGAGGACUGUCGGGUGUUUGUGGAGUGGGAUAGACUAAACAAAAGGGAAGACAAAACGGAAAAAAAUUUUUAUACAAAUUCCAGAGGAAGAUUCAUCAAUGCAUUGAACAGAUUAAAGGAAAAAGUGAAACAGAUGCCGUCUCCAUUGAAGAAGAAAUACAGACUUUAUCAACUGAUAAAUUACGAAAGUAAGUUGUUCAUCGGCUAUUUAUUAACGUUCUUUUAUGUCUGCAAAAGAAUAGUUUCGGCCGUAAUUUUGUAAAAACUGAAAAACUGCGCUGGUUAUCGUGUCACGGUUAACUCUUUCUUCGAUGUCAUUGCAUUUCUUCUUUUGGGCUUUUUGAAAGUGUCGAAUAUCCAUUAGAUUAGAAACGACAUGACGAGUGUUACCGUACGAUUAAUUAACCUAUGAACUCAACCCUAGAGUGAUUUUUCGGGAUUCUCGUAAUAUAAGGUCCACCCCUAAAAUAAGCCGCGGGUAAGAUCGUCGGCCGGAUGGUCGUAUUUAAUACGUC